UAUUAUUCUCUAUUGGUAAAACUGGUACUGAUGCUGCUGCUUUCUACUUCGUGGUUGUAGGCUUGGGAAUCAAAAACGUGGUGAUGUGACAGCUGCCAAGGAACAGGGAAAAAAAGAGGACAAGGAAGUUCCAGAUAUUUCGCAAAGAAUAUAUGAAAUGUGUAAAGUAGACGAGGUUAUUGCAAAGCCAUGCGUUUUACGGCACGAUCAGACAGGCAGGUAUUUUCCAACAGACAGUCAGGAGAGAAUCUGCUCACUGGAAUUAGGUUAUCGUUAGCCAAACGCUCUGUCAACUUCCAUUUUCACUGCCCAGGUUUUCGUUUUAAGUAGCCUAGCUGGUUAAGCUACUAUGAUGCAUGUGUUUGCGAGUAUUGGGUUCAUUUCAGUUUGUGAAUAGUUGAAUAGACUUAUUUAAAAAUAAUGUAAUGUAAGGCUAAACGAAAGAGAGAGGACGGAGAAUCACAUAGCUACAUAACCUUAGCUAACCGAGUUAUUGGAUGGAGGCAUAUACAUUUUAUUCGUUGUGGUAUGUCUUGGAAUAAAUGCUGGCCAGCUAAUGUUAUGUAUUUUGAUAGCUAGUUAUCCUAAGGCGAGGCUACUUAGCCGCAGACCUGGUUCGUUUAGCCAACUGGGCCAUUCCAAAUACAUAGAAAAAAAUAUUAAGCUAUGAGGAAUUGCUGCCAGGUGUGUACCCUAAUUAAACUUGCUGUGCUGUUAAGUUACAAGUAGGCUAUACCCCUGCUCAUGUCAUCAUAUCCCAUGACAUGCUGCAACGUUUUUUGCACGAGCCAAAAUAGACUUGCUUGGUUGCAUGUUUCACUUCGCCGGGUAACGUUACGGCGCCUUUAACAUUUCUUUGGACUGCCAUUGGUUUUGUGUUUUAAAUCCCCAGCUCAUCACAUGGGAGCGCCAUUGACUCAAUGCCAGCAUCAAACAGCAAGGGAAGUGAUAGAAACGCGGAACAUCUCGCUGGGUGCUCACGAAAAGUUCCUGUCAGUUGAGGGAAUUAACCUGCCAUUUAUGCUAGGCUAUAGUCAAUGUCCGUGACAUGAUAUCAGAACGUGCGCGACUGCCGUGGCACCUGUCAGCAGCAGCACACAUCAAUCGGAAAUACUUUGUUGAAGAUGAACUGAACAAGCAUACACAGCCAGCCACAUUGCAAGCAUAGUUUUUGUUUGUGGCCUGUUUUGCCCUGUGCUAGUCUAUUGUUUUAGACUGUAGACCACGGAUUCUGUUGGAGCAAAAGCCUAAAACCUAGUGCCUCUGUGUCUAAGGCUACACGUUAUAGCACAACUGACUCGCCUUUGAUGUGUUUUUUUUUCACCACUGCCUGACACUUUUAAUAAUGCACUGAAGAGAACUGGGAGUACGUUAUGUUAUUGGCGCAAGAGUAAAUCACCGAUACGGAUCCAGCAUUCAACUAUGCCUGUAAGAAAAAAAGACACAGCUAGGGCCCUAGGGCUUUUGGAAGACUACUGUGCUAAACUGAUGAAGCCAGAGGAACAACAGCUCAAAACUGCCAUUCAGAGAGUGAUGGGGGUCUUCAAAAGCAGCCUGUUCCAAGCACUGCUUGAUAUCCAGGAGUUCUAUGAGGUGACGCUGCUGAACACCCAAAAGAGCUGCAAGCAGAAGCUGGAGGAGGUCAACCACAUGGCCGACAAGUGGGAACAGACGGGCACGGGCUCCCCCACCGCGGUGCUACAACACGCCUGCCCAACCGAGAUGAGGGAGCGGAGCAGCUCAGAGCACGGUGGGAAGGACCAGACACCGAUCAGUGUGAAAGUCUCUGAAAACAGACCGGCAGCGGUGCAGGGGUCCCCACACACUGGCCCGCCCCCGGCAUGCAUGAACCCCGCCUUGAUGAGCACUCCCUGGCAGUAUCGCUAUCAAGAUGAGGACUCUCCACCUGAGCACGGGUUCCCGCGGCUGACCAACGAGGUGCGCGCCCCUGAGCUGGUGCACGUGUCGGAGAAGAACCUCUCGGAGAUUGAGAAUGUGCAUGGCUACGUGUCCCACUCCCAUAUCUCCCCGCUCAAGCCUGCACUGGUUACUCGUUUUGAUCUUACAUACCCUGGUGUGACUGGAGCAAACUACCUGGCGAGUCCCGCUCCAAUAAUUGUCAACACCGACACUCUGGAGAGCGUACCUUACGUCAACGGGACAGAAAUUGAAUAUGAGUUUGAAGAAAUCACACUAGAGCGGGGGAACUCAGGGUUGGGUUUCAGCAUCGCUGGAGGAACAGAUAACCCCCAUAUCGGUGAUGACCCAGGGAUCUUCAUCACCAAGAUCAUCCCUGGUGGCGCGGCAGCAGAGGAUGGCCGGUUAAGAGUGAAUGACUGCAUACUGCGGGUGAAUGAUGCCGACGUGUCUGAGGUGUCUCACAGUAAGGCAGUGGAGGCCCUGAAGGUGGCCGGCUCUAUCGUCAGGCUGUACGUUCGCCGGAGAAGACCCAUGCUGGAAACUAUCAUUGAAAUCAAACUCAUCAAAGGACCAAAAGGGCUGGGCUUCAGCAUCGCAGGAGGGGUGGGCAACCAGCACAUCCCGGGGGACAACAGCAUCUUUGUCACUAAGAUCAUAGAUGGAGGUGCAGCACAGAAGGACCAGCGCUUGCAGGUUGGAGACCGGCUGCUUAUGGUGAACAACUACACGCUGGAAGAGGUCUCCCACGAAGAGGCUGUAGCCAUACUGAAGAACACGUCUGACGUUGUGUACCUGAAGGUGGGCAAGCCCACCAGUGUUUACUUAUCAGAUCCCUAUGGGCCACCUGAUAUCACGCACUCGUUCUCUCCAGCAAUGGAAAAUCAUAUCUCUUCCGUGGGCAACAACGGCACUCUGGAGUACAAGUGCAGUCUUCCCCCCAUGCCCAUCUCUCCUGGAAUGUACUCCCCCCUCCCAAAACACUUACUCGGGGAAGAGGACAUUAACAGGUUGGAUGGUUUUUCCUUCUUACGAAAUGCCUCCAUAGAUGACGGGGAGGCUCACAGGUUUGAGUCGCAGCACUUCCAGUUGAGGCCUCCUGAGCCAGUUUACAGCACUGUGAACAAAGCACCUUCUCCCCACCACUAUUCCCCCGUGGAGUGCGACAAAAGCCUCCUCCACUCCAUACCCUUCCCUCACUAUCACUUAGGCCUGCUCCCUGACUUCGAGAUCACCAGGGAUCCCAGGAGGAUGGUCCUCCACAAGGGCUCCACAGGCCUGGGAUUCAACAUCGUGGGCGGGGAGGACGGAGAGGGCAUCUUUGUCUCCUUCAUCCUGGCGGGAGGGCCUGCCGACCUGAGUGGAGAGCUGCGGAGGGGAGACCAGAUCCUGUCGGUUAAUGGCAUCGACCUACGCGGGGCCACCCACGAGCAAGCUGCUGCAGCACUAAAGGGGGCGGGCCAAACUGUCACCAUCAUUGCUCAGUACAGGCCCGAGGAGUACGGGCGUUUCGAGGCCAAAAUCCAUGAUCUGCGGGAACAGAUGAUGAACCAUAGCAUGAGCUCUGGGUCCGGAUCCCUCCGAACCAAUCAGAAACGCUCCCUUUAUGUCAGGGCACUGUUCGACUAUGAAAAGGCUAAAGACAGUGGACUCCCUAGCCAGGGCCUCAGCUUCAGGUAUGGGGACAUCCUCCACGUCAUCAACGCCUCAGACGAUGAAUGGUGGCAGGCUCGGAGGGUGACCCCUGAUGGGGACAGCGAAGAGAUGGGAGUCAUCCCCAGCAAGAGGAGGGUUGAGAGGAAAGAACGAGCUCGACUAAAGACAGUGAAGUUCAAUGCCAAACCUGGAACCAUCGAUUCCAAAGUGUCAUUCAAUGACAAGCGUAAAAACAACUUCAUCUUUACACGAAAGUUCCCAUUCUACAAGAACAAGGAGUUGGGUGAGCAGGAUGGCAGUGAUUCAGAACGGAGUCAAGAGGACAUGAUUCUCUCCUAUGAGCCUGUCAUUCGACAAGAGAUUAAUUACGCCAGACCCGUCAUAAUCCUUGGACCAAUGAAAGACAGAAUCAACGAUGACCUGAUAUCCGAAUUCCCUGACAAAUUUGGCUCCUGCGUGCCACAUACCACUCGGUCGAGGAGGGACUACGAGGUCGAUGGGCGGGACUACCAUUUUGUAAUGUCCAGAGAGCAGAUGGAGCAGGACAUCCAAGAGCACAAGUUCAUUGAGGCGGGCCAGUACAACGACAAUCUAUAUGGAACCAGUGUUCAGUCAGUCAAAUAUGUGGCUGAGAGGCAGGGUAAACACUGCAUACUGGACGUGUCGGGGAAUGCCAUAAAACGACUACAAGUAGCACAACUCUAUCCCAUUGCCAUCUUUAUAAAGCCUAGGUCCAUUGAUUCAUUAAUGGAGAUGAAUAAGAGAUUAACAGAAGAGCAGGCCAGGAAGACAUUUGACCGUGCCAUGAAGUUGGAGCAGGAGUUUGGCGAGUUUUUCACAGCACUUGUUCAAGGAGACACCUUAGAAGACAUUUAUAACCACUGCAAAAUGGUGGUAGAGGAGCAUUCAGGACCCUACAUCUGGAUCCCAUCAAAAGAGAAAUUAUGAGAACACACCACUUUGGCAGGGAUAUUGGACUGCUAGAUUCCCAACAUACUUUGUAACAUAUGUUCAACUGUAAUGGUAAUUUAUAUUGUUCAUAAUUAUAGCCAAUUAAUAUAAUUUUUUUCUUAUAGUUUAUUUUUUUUCCACUUUCAAUAUGAAUGUUCCUGAAUGUACACCACAACGUUUAAGAAACAUUUUUGGCCUGAAAACAUUGACUGUUUGUAUAUUUCAUGUUUUUAUUUUAAAAAAUGCUAAGGAAAUGUAAUAAACAAGGGCAUGUGUUCACGUCGACACUGCGUGGAAUUUCAUAUACAUUUUCGAAGAUCGUCACGCCAAUGAAGGAGGGGAAGGAAAUAAUAUCAGCUUCUUUUGCUUCUCUCCACGCAACAGCUAGCACUUUGUGUCCUCCGACACUAACCUCACAUCAGUAGUUGACAUUUUCUGUGACUUUAGCAUCUAUGGCCCUUGGACACAGUUCAUCGUAAUCCGCCUAUUUUUAUGUUCUUAUUCUUUUUUGAAUCUAGAUUUGUUUGAAAAUGUUUUCUUUGAAUUAGAAUUCUUCUCAACUGUAUUGUUUUUUGUUGUUGUGCGGAUUAUUUCUUAAAAAAUACAAUUAUUGUUAAGAUGCUUUGAUUAGAAUGAAUAAUUAAUGGGUAAAUCUACAUUUAGGUGUAGGAAAUGUGACAUUAUAUUUUGCUAUUUAUAUUGAUAGAGGGCACAACAGCACAAAGUAUUUAUUAUGAAGAUAUAUAACUUUGAUUAAAAAAUAAAUAAAAAAUCUGAUCUUAAUUGUUUAA